GAAAUUGAGCUGACCUCUGAAAUUCCCAUUUGAAUCCUCAUCAGCUCACCCACCGUCAUAGCCCCUUUAGGCUUCCCAGGACCCAGACCCGGCUGACCCACUCUUCUUGGAGCUGAAGCCUGGCGAUUUGAUCCCCUACCUUUUUCAUCUUGUGGGAAGCCGUGGAAACAGACGAGCGAAGUCUUAGCAAUCCUGAUGUUUUCGAGGGCCCUCGCUAAGACCACCUAAUCCGGGUGUUUAAGAUUUGACUUGUCUAAGUCUUUAUUUGGUCAAGUUGCAGUGGUAAAUACAGGCACUCAAUUCCAGCCGCAGGAUCAAAUUAACGGGUGUGAUGUAACAGAAGACCAAUCUGAAGGAAGAUACUAGACAGGGAGAGAGAGGACAGAGAAAACACAGCGUUCAUUUCGUCGCACCAUCGAUACGGAAACAGUCUCAGAUAUUUGAGCAUACCUUCACCUUCGCCUUCUCAAGUACGGAAUGCAGUUUCAAGUACUUUAUAUGAGCCGCCAAUUUCGAACUUGUUUGGGUCCAUACUGUAUCUUAAUGAUAUUGAAUUUGAAAUAGGUGGCUUGACCUUGAAUUGCGAUCUCCUAAGUCACCAUGCUCAGGUGAUGCUUAAUAUAUUGAGGAGUUCAGGGACGAGACUUGUUUGUACCCAUAAAUUUCUAAAAGAGGAGAGGAUGUCAGGUGGCCGAAACACCCACUGGUGUUACGAUUGCAGGCGCCCAUUUCGGCUGAGAGGGCGAGACGCGGUUUGCCCAGGCUGCGAUGGAGGAUUUGUUCAAGAACUUGAUGAUAUGGUUCAUGUCAGCCCAAUGGAUUUCUUUGAACUGCACAAUGAUGAUGAUCGUGAUAGGAGGUUCUUGGAAGCUUUCUCAGUGUUGCACCAAUUGACAGACAGAAGGCGUAAUGGUAGCAUUAGGGCAAGAUCAGAUUUAGUUCCUGAGCGCAACCCGGCAUUUGCUCAUCUCUUGAUUUUUGGUGGCCAAAUACCUUUUCGACUGUCUGGGAACGGUGCUUUUGAAGCUCUUUUCAAUGGGUCUCCUGGAAUAGGCGUGACACGGGGUAACAUGGGUGAUUAUUUUGUAGGUCCUGGCUUAGAAGAACUAUUUGAGCAGCUUUCAGCUAAUGACCGGCGAGGCCCUGCCCCAGCCUCCAGAGGUUCAAUUGAUGCAAUGCCUACUGUUAAGAUCACAAACAGGCAUCUCCGUUCUGAUGCGCACUGCCCUGUUUGCAAGGACAAAUUCGAGUUGGGAUCUGAAGCAAGGCAAAUGCCUUGUGACCAUCUAUACCACACAGAUUGUAUUGUACCAUGGUUAGUACAACACAACUCAUGCCCUGUUUGCCGUCAAGAACUCCCUCCGCAAGGUUCACCAAGAGCAGGAAGCGGUCAUAGCACAAGUAGUCGAAGUAGAAGCAGUAGUUUUGGUAGUAACACCAGUGCAAGGGAGAGUGGUAGAGAAAACCAAGGAAGGCGAAAUCCUCUCUCUUAUUUGUGGCCAUUUCGCUCAUCUAGUUCUAGCUCCAGCUCCAGCUCUAGCCAUAACCCAACUGAAAGUAGUUCAUCAACUAUGCGCGAACACAAUAAUCAGAUGGGGUAUUCAGGAUGGCCGUUUGACUACUAGGGUUAACGGUGUUCACGUUAUUGCUUGCUUUCGUUGGGAUCAAAGUCCAUAGCUGUCCAUUGAACUAAGCAAAUUGCUAGUGGUAAGGGUUUGAGACCCUUCAUUUGUAUUACUGUAUGUUGUUAAAAGGGUGCUUUUGGUGUUUAUUAUGCCUCUUUCCAUGUAAAUGACUAUUUCCUUCUUUUGUGUAUUUAUAUCUUUUGUGAAUCAUUUGUGCUUCUAAGUUCUUCAUUCC